AUGGCCGCCGCAGCAGCACCGGGCGGCAACCAGCCUCCAGGCGACGGCAACAACAAGAAGCCCUUCAGCCACGGCAACGACGACCGCGCGGACGUGAGCGACAGCGAGAGCCAGAGCGAUACAGGUGAAUAUAUCGGCAACAAGCAGGGCAGGUCCAGCACCACCAAGAUGAAAUGGACCCGCGACAACGUCGAGAAGCUGCUGUACUUCGGCAUGGGCAAGACUCUGAGCGGGAAGGAUUUCAAGAAGAUCGCUGAGACCUUCAAGGAGAAUCCGAGCGCGAAGGCCAUCCAGGAGAAGUACCAGAAGCUCCGCCAGCAACUAAAGGCUCAACAAAACUGCGAACUUCUCGUAGAGCUCGAGAACCCGACAAACACCUUUCGCGGCGCCUUUCCGGAGGAGAACGUCUCCCAUGAGCUCAUCGCAGAGUACCUCCGCACGAACAACCUCACCGCCGACGACAUCCGUGCGGUGGCCAACCUCAUGGAGUUGAGUGAUGAGAAUGCGACCCUUGCGCAGAGUGCUCCUGCCACCUCGAGCACUCCCGCCACUUCAAGCACCCCAGUCACUCGCCCCGCUUCCCGCUCCACUCGCUCCACUCGCCCGUCCAGCCGCCGAAGCAACACUCUCCUUGACUACGACAACGCGGCAGUCCAGGCAAUGCGGGACCAAAUCAACGCAGAGCGGGAGCGGGCGCAGCGUGCUCGGGACGAUGCUGAGGUUCUCCGUCGCCUUCGCGAGCAGGACAGGGAGAGGGCCGAAGAGAGUGAGGAGGAGGAUGGUGACGGCGAGGGGGAGUAG